UAAAUCAAUAUUAUAAAACCUAUUAUUUUUUUAUGCAUAAGAUUGUAUAUCCUAAGAUAUUUUAUCUCUACAAUUAUUAAACAAUAUAAAAAAGGAAAUUUUGGUGAUAUUGAAGUGAGGCAUUCCGAUUACAUUUGAAUCAUUCCAUAGACUAUUAGCAGAUAAGUCACAAAAGAACCCUGAUACACAGGACAGAACCUUGAGUCAUCACAUCAAGAUUGAGUAAUUCAAGGAACAUUGAGUCAAUCCCCAAACAUUGAGUACAUUUUGAAACAUUGAGUAAUCUCAAAACACUUGAGUUAUUUCAGAAACAUUAACUGAUUCAAGGAACAUUUAGUCAAUCAACAAACAUUGAGUACAUUUUGAAGCAUUUAUUUAGAAGUAAAUUAUGAAAAUUGAGUAAUUACAGGAACAUUGAGUCAUGAGUACUUUCAAGAGAAACAAACCAGAGCAUUGAUAGUAAUUGCUACAUGAAUCUGUACAUCAAAAAACUAAUUGGAUAAAAUUGGAUUCAAGAACACGUGAAUCAAGUAAACUCGUGAAUAAAAACAACUCAGGAAAAUGAGCCUUAAUGACUACAUAGCUGGAGCAGUAGGAGGUUGUGCUGGUUUGGCCGUUGGACACCCAUUUGAUACAACAAAAGUUCAACUACAAACCCAACAAGGCAAGUCUGCCUAUGCAGGAACAUGGGACGCUAUCAAGAGCAUUCACCAACAUGGAUGGGCAAGGGGUUUCUUCCGAGGUCUUGCAUUCCCGUUAGCCUCAUAUGGAGUGGUUAAUAGUGUGUUCUUUGGUGUCUAUGGCAACACACUGCGUUGGCUUAACAGAUCAGAAGAUGAUCCCUAUCGACAACCAACAUAUCGUGAUGUUUUCAUUGCUGGAUGUGUCGGUGGCGCUAUGCAAAUUAUCCCAGCAUGCCCCAUUGACGUUAUUAAGGUCGUUCUCCAGUCCCAGAUCACCCAUUCUACAGGAACCACAAUUGGUGCAACAGGAACUGUGACAGCACAAUAUUACAAGGGGCCUUUAAGUUGUAUGUGUGCCAUAUACAAAGCACAUGGCAUAAGGGGUCUUUACACGGGUGUCCAAAUUCAAGCCAUAAGAGAUAUACCCGCAAGUGCAACAUACUGGGUGACCUAUGCAUUCCUCUAUAAGCACAUACACCAACUGCCUCAUGUUGAUCAACAUGGCCUCGUCGCAAGUUUCAUUGGCGGGGGAAUCGCUGGUAUGAUAUCAUGGGCCAUUAUUAUGCCGUUUGAUAUCAUCAAGAGUCGUAUUCAAGCUGAUUUUGAUAAAAAGCUAUAUAAGGGAAUAAGUGACUGUGUGAGAAUUACGUAUGCUGAAGGAGGUUGGCGUAUAUUUUUUCGUGGAAUCGGUGUUACAUGUUUGAGGGCCUUUCCUGCAAAUGCAGUCAUUUUGGUGGUGUAUGAACAGUCAUUGAAGGUGUUGACAAAAAUGAAAAAGGACAGGGGGUAAAUUGGAAUGCUUGAGGAUGGAAAGGUACCGUCCCAACAGACCCCCUUUUCUGCCCCCAUCAGAAUCAAACUUAUUUAGCAUCUAGAGUAUCCUCACAAAUGUACUUCACAAUAAUAUUUCAAAAUUAGGUCAAAUGAUGAGCUAAUGAGAUCACUGGGUGCAAAAAGGUCAAGUUGGUAAAAUCAAUCUAAUGAUCAAGUAAUUUCCUUAAACAUACCUAAAUAAAAUAAAAUCACGAGUUAAACCUGACUUUACAUUUGUUUCCAUGGGGAAUAGGUAUCUUAAUAGCCUUUGAGUAGUAUUUACACCAUACUUAACACAAGGAAAAUGUUUGAAAAUUUUCAGUCAAAAUACAUGUACUGGUAUACUGUCAAAAUAUUGUAUUGUAACAUAUUUGAUAUUAAUAUUCUAAAGCUUUGACACAACAUAUUAGUAUUUAUUGAAUUUCUAUGGGUACCAAUAGGUACAGUUGCUGAAAGUUGAAUGUACAGUUUCUAAGGGGUCGGGUCAAAAUAUCAAUGUCCAUCAAAAAAAACCUAAUUGAUUUAUUUAGGUCCAACCCCCCCCCCCCCUCCCCCUUGUAACAAAAUCAAAAAUCUUGAAAAUUGAAAUUC